AUAUAUAUAUAUAUGGCAGCCAGCCGGUUGCAACAUGCAAACUUGUAAAUUGGCCCGUUCAUUUGUUGUUAAAGCCUGCCAAAGUUCUAUUUGGUGUUGAAAAGGGUUCAACUCAGUGAUCUUUUGCAAGUCCACUAUAUUUCUUUCUCACUCUUGUCUAAUUUUAAUAUGCCAAGCCCAUUAAACUCACUGACAUUGACGUAGCCGACCCAGCUCACAAUCAGGAUUCGUUUUGGACCCAGAUAGAGCUAACCGACCCGUUUGGCAUCUCUCGCCGGAGAAACAUGCGAAGCUAAUGGUGAUCAUGCAAUUCGCCAGCUUCACCAAAACCAGAUCACACAGUCCACCAGCAGGUGACAUUCACCCUCUAUAUAUUCUUUGACUAACCACUUGGUCCAUAACCUUAGCAUUCUUGUUUCCAAAAAAAAAACUGGUUGGGCUGGGGUGGUGUAUAAGUAAGUGAUCGUUGUGAGAGGGUAGGGGUGUAUUUGGUUUUGUGAAAAUAUGGAAAGGAAUGGUGUGGUUUUAUGGAGCUUUACUUUCUUGUGUUUGGGGCUCAUUAGUAGUGUUCUAGUAGAAGCUAUCAGAGGGAGGCUUCCAAGUGAAAUGGGGUUUGGAAAGGAAACUAGCCCUACCAAAGUGGCAGGUUCUGGCCAUCGAGUGCGGCCUACUACUAGUUUUUACGAAGGCAGCAGCUAUGGUGCUGGUAUUGGUGGUGGUUUUGGGGUUGGGAUCGGGGGUGGAGUAGGUAAUGGCUAUGGUUCUGGUGGGGGCUUUGGCUCUGGAGGCGGCAUGGGUUCUGGAGGUGGUUUGGGUUCAGGUGGAGGGGACAGUGGACAUGGCUCCGGCUAUGGUUGGGGAAGUAACGGCGGAGGAAGCGGCUAUGGCGGAGGCUCAGGUUCAGGAUAUGGUGGUGGUGGUGGUGGUGGCGGCGGCGGGGGAGGCUAUGGUUCAGGCUCUGGAUAAGACCGGGUAUGAGGAGGGUGGAGGUACCCCAGAAAGAAUUAUCUGCUGUGUUGUUGCAAGGGAAGAAUGGAAGAAGAAUAACGACAUAAUUUGUCGCCCUCUCUUAUUAUUCUUGGCUUGUCAUAUGUAUUUAGUUUGGAACGUCUUCGAUGACAAAUAAAGCAACUCUGAAAAAAUGGUAAUUUUGAUUGCAUUCACAGAAA